AUGAAGAUCUCUGCUGUGUUAGGAGGGCUCCUCAUGCUUUUGGGGUUCAUUGACGGUCUUGGUGAUGUAUCUGUAACCUGCAGUGACUCCUGGCUCCGUGUCAAAAUGAGACAAACGAUUCAAAUCCAUGGCCGGCAACCUCAGCAACAGGAACUCUCUCUAGGAAAUGGCUGCCCUGUAAACGCAGUUGACCCACAUACCUUUCAGUUCCUUUACACUCUAACUUUUUGUGGCAUCAGGGUUCACGAAUUCGUACCAGGUAUUUUUAUUGAAAGUUCAGUCAAAUUUGAACCAACGGAUUUAGACUUCGUUGUCUACAUCCCAGUAUUUUGCUAUUUUCAAAGAAAUUUUCCAAUGAUGUUGGUGCCAAAAAGUAUACUGAAUCCUAGUCAUAAACGCAAAAGGCCAGUGGGACAGAAUUGCUCUUUAUCAUGUGAACUUGAAGACUUGAAAAUCUGCCCAAGAGAACGCCUGCGGGGUAUUCUCAUUGAAAGCUCAGUCACAUAUGCACCAGUGGUUUCAGACAUCACAGGUUACAGCCCAAUAAUAUGCUUUGUUCACAGAAAGUUUCCAUUUGCCUUUAUUAAAAGACCAAUAGGGAUUAACAGUGGUUUCUCUGGGAAAACACAGCAAGGGGCAAUGGGAAGAAAAAACUCAACAUCAUCUCAAAGAGAAAAUUUGGGCGCCUCUUCAGGAAUAUCAUUUGGAGAGAUUAACCCCCAGGAUAAAAUGAGGCCUUUUUGGACUUUAACCAACCCAUCCCAGGAUGGGAACCCUGCCUCAGAGUUUUCAUACUGCAAGAGACCUGGGGACCAGGCAGAUUCCAAGAGAGGCCAUCAGAAAGCCAGGUAG